AUGCCGAUCCGUGCUGUUCAUAUUGCUCGAAAGAUGGAUAUUGCCAACCUCUUUGAGAAGCUCUACACAGACAGAUUUAAGGUCACUCAUUACCUACACAAGGACUCAAUUGUAUUAAGACUAAGUGGAAGUAAGAACAAUGGCCAUGGUGGACUAGUCACAGGCAUAGCACCACCCAUGGUACAAAGUUCUUGUAGCAGUAACAAUAUUGAUGCUGUCUCGACACUGAGCAUCGGAUCUGGAGGCAAGACUAUCACAUCUCGGCGUGGCAUCGAUAAGUGGGUGGUAUACUUUGACUAUGGAGCUGUAGUAUUUUUCAAUUGUGAUCAGGCUUUAGUGGGUACAUUGAUUAAACAUGCCACACGCUUCUGUAGCGAUGUAUUUGAGAUGCGUGGACACGAGGAAGAGCUACUGCUAAUUGGCGACCCGGCGCAGCAGAAAUGGAGCACCCUAGUGGAAAAUAAUGUGCUAGUGCGUGAGAUUGAUCAUAUCAACGUACACGUGAUUGCUGGUGUGCUCUCACAGACAGUGGCUCUUGAGUUCUACGAGCGUCAAUGCGAGACCAUUUUAUGUGAGUUUGAAAAGCUAAACACGGAUGUAGAGAAGAAAGGCCCCCGAGGUGCUCUGUUUGGACGCGAAAAUGAACAAACAAAAAGGUUGUUUAAGAUUGUGGCGUCGAACAACACAUUGCUGAUUGAUCUUGUGAGCAAAUUACGUGUGAUUGACCGAAAAAGACCUGGCGACCCGGCGUGGAGUCAAACAAGAUAUCACAACAUGUGGGAGUCGCUUCUGGAGGAGUUCGAGCUAAACGAACGCUUUCAAAACCUUAAUUUCAAGCUGGAACUGAUUCAGCACAAUACCAAGUUUUUCUUGGAGGUGUUGGACUCCCAUAAGGGCGAGCGACUAGAGUGGUAUAUUAUAAUCCUCAUCUCUGUAGAGCUGGGCAUUGGUGUGUAUGAGCUUCUUAUGAAGCUGGCUUAG